CCCAACCCACCACACAAUUCGGAACUACAGUCUGAAUGGCAGCACUGUCUAUGAGAGUACCUACCACACUGAGUUCAACGACAGCAAUCCCUCUAAAACCUUCCUCUAGAAAACCCAUAAGAAUUUCUUUAAAUCCCAGCUUUAAAAACAUUACAAAAAGGCCCCUCAUGGCCUCCUUGAGUGGACAAACUCAACAGAGAAAGCUCCCCAUACUGCUCUUUGACAUCAUGGACACAAUCGUUCGCGACCCUUUUUACCAGGAUGUCCCUGCCUUCUUUGGAAUGCCUAUGAAGGAACUAAUAGAAUGCAAGCACCCAACUGCAUGGCUUGAAUUCGAAAAGGGGCUGAUUGAUGAGAUGGAGUUAGCCAGAAAAUUCUUUAAAGACGGAAGGCCUUUCGAUUUGGAAGGACUUAAAAAUUGUAUGAGAAGAGGAUAUUAUUACAUAGAAGGUGUUGAAGAAUUGCUUUUUGAUUUAAAACAAAACAACUAUGAGAUGCAUGCUUUCACUAAUUAUCCUAUCUGGUACAGAAUAAUUGAGGACAAAUUAAAUAUCUCAACUUACUUAUCAUGGACAUUUUGUUCCUGUGCCAUAGGAAAGAGGAAACCUGAUCCUGAUUUUUACUUGGAAGUCGUGAGACAUCUGAAGGUUGAUUCAGGAGAUUGUAUUUUCAUUGAUGACAGGUUAAAGAACGUGGAGGCUGCAACUGAAGUUGGCAUAGUCGGUCUGCAGUUCAAGGGUGCCGAUUUUCUGCGUCGUGAUCUCUCCCAAAUGGGAAUCAACGUUUCAACAAACAAAUUCCCCAGAAGUGAGAACCAAUCCCAGAUCACCAAAGAACAGAGACCGUAAUUCUUGUGGAUGGUUUUAUCCUAUGACUUUAUGCCCUCCUUUUCAUAAUUGUUUCCUCUUUUUUUCUCAAAUCGUAGUAAAAUGCUAUAAAUUCAUGAGUACUACAAACAUUUUCUUUUCUUUUGGCCAUAUCUUCGAAAGAUAAAUGCCUUCAAUUCAUCUAAAUUGUAUGCAUUCUAUUAACUUCUUGAUCAAAUAUCAAUCCUUGCCGAAAUUCUCCCAGCUUUUCA